CUCAGUUAAAACUAUGCUUUCUUGGCUGGUUUUUCCUGUGCUGAGCAGUAGUUGUGUGUGGCCAGCUGGUUUGGUUGCUUUUCUGGGGAGACUAGCACCAUGGAUUCUCAUCUUUUAGGAGUGAUAUUACUCCUGGCAGUGUUGACCACACAAGUGAAAACAGACCCACCCCCUGGAACUGUACAAAAAGAAUGUCGCGACCGUUACUUCUACAUCUGGAUUGAUAGAAGUUUCCUCUUGGGAAGAAACUGGAGCAUUGAUGCAAGUGAUGAUUCUCAAGUCAAGAUCCCACUGACACCCUGGUUUGCAGCGACAUGUGGCUUCACUGUCACUUCAGAUAAAUGGGGAAAUCUUGAGAUCAGGGUUUCAUUCCUUGCGUGUCUGGUUCAGAAUGAUAAUGAUGAUACCUUUACAUUAACCAUGCACUUGAAUGUUGAGAACCAGUUCAUUCCUCAUCUAUUCUCCACUUCUACUUUCUCAAUGACCUGUGGACUUGGCUAUCACUGGAGCUCAAGAGAAAUAGUUUGUGAAGAAAACUACAUGGAGGUCUCCGUCAGGAGGUUAUUCCCUGGUAUUGCUGAAGAGCAAAUGGAAUCUGAGGAUUGGGAAGCAGUUAUUCCAGCAGCUCAAGAGGCCAUAACAUCGGUGUGGCAGAUUGUAUUCCAAGUGGGUGAAGGGGAGAAUCUGCAGCUGAAGACCAUGACCACCACAGAAGCCCAUUCCCUUGGCUAUGGGAUUAAUACAACUGCUUCCAGAGUUGUGUUCCGUGCCCCUUACAACUCCACUGAAUCCAGCAUUAUAAUGAUUGACAACAUGCCAGUUGAAAGCAUUAAGGCAACAGUGUUCUACAAGCAAAGAUGGUUGAUCCUGUUAGUUGACAGCUCUACUGCUUGUCCAAUUGGCCAUGGAAUCUUGAAAGACAACCAGCUGGUGUGGCCCACACCCAGGAUUUUAGAGCCACUAGUGUUCCCUGCCAAUAUCACUGCUGACAUGAUAACCAUGGGUGUAGAAGGGAAAUUUCUAGAUGAUGAGACUCUCCAGAGGAGGGGUUACAACUUGCACAUCAAUGAAUCUGUCAUUGCCAUUGUCAUCCCAGUUGGAGCAGUGGGAGGCUGGAGUAAGAGCCAUGUAAGUAAUAACACCUAUGGGAUCAUCUAUUCCAUCCACUUGCUUCUGGAACAUCAGUGGCUGGAUCACCUACAGGAACUGACACAGCAUAGGGUGUAUCGCCUAGUAUCAACUCCCUUCAUACCAAAAAUUCCACAUGUCAUUGAUACUGAUCCUACACUUCCUAAGGAACACUUCAACAUCACAGUGGGGCUAUUCCUUCCUGAUGUGGAACUGGUGUCCAUUACAGUGGCUGGCAAGAAUCUCUCUGUCAAUGACUUGAAGAAACAUGGCUACAACAUUUACCCAACUGUUUAUCCUAAUGAUACUGUGGCCUUCACUGUAGUGGUGGAUGUUGGGGCUCCAUUCAUAAAACAGCAGUACCUGUAUGAUGACAUCAGAAGAUACACCAUGAACAUUACAUUAAACUUUGCUACAAUACCAGACAAUGAGACCUUCACCACACCAGUGGUAGUCACAGUUGAUGUGCAUGAUGUUGUGCUGCCAGUUAUGUUGGGACAUUGUCUUAAUAAUACCCUCUACCUGCUCCUGAAACAUGGUAAUCUGGAUCACUACUGGCUUCCUUAUGUAGCUGAUGAGCCUCUGACCUAUGAACUAGCCCAAAUGAAUGGUUACAUGGCCAUAGAGAAUGGUACACACUUUUCCUUGGAAGUUCCCUUCACUUCUCCAGGAGUUGUUCAUGAGGAAGUUUCUCUGCAUGAAUUGCAAGCAAGGAUUGACUUCAAGCUUAAGGACAACCAGACACUGAAGGUUUACAGUAGCUUCUCAGUCCAAUGCAACUUCUUCAUCCCCCAAGAGGAAGUAUUGGUGUGCUUCCAAAAUGGUACUGUGGCCAUCACUGUCAAGCCAUCAGUCACCCUUCCAGAGCUUGAUGUUGACAAGCUGGUGCUAAGAGAUCCCAAAUGUGGGCCCAAAGAAAAAGAUGCAACAAAGGCACUCUUUGUGUUUGAUAUCAACUCCUGUGGAACCACUGGAAGGAUCACACAGGAUUUUGUCAUCUAUGAGAAUGAGAUUGUGUACUUGAGAGAGGCCAUCCCAAUCAACUUUCCCAUAAUAACCAGAGAUCCUGACUACAGGUUGACCAUCCUGUGCCGUUAUCCAGUCAAUGAGACCCUGACCAUCCAAGCACGGUUUGGCCAUAUCCCUGUAGGAUUCCAACUUCCUGAUGGUGUGCCACUGGUCAGACAUCCCCUGAAAAGUGAAGAGAAGAACACUCUGAAACUACAUGCAAGGCUGGCACGAGACUUGUCCUACACCAGCUUCUACAAGGAUGAAGACUACCCAGUACCUUUCCACUUGAAUCAACCACUCUAUUUUGAGAUUGAGCUAUACAACCAGAAUCCCAAUGUUGAAUUAUUUUUGGAAAAUUGCUGGGCAACACCAUCUGAGGAGCUGGCUGGACAGCCACAAUGGGAUAUUAUUGUGGAUGGCUGUGCAAACCGCAUGGAGACCUACAUGAGCACCUUUCUCCCAGUUAUCACGAAGGAUGUGAAGAACCCUUCUUCUCUGAAGAGGUUUGAAGUCAAGACCCUUGUCUCCAAUAACUCUGGAUUGGAGGGUCUGGUGUAUUUCCACUGCAAUGUAGCAGUUUGUGAUCUGAGCAAUGAAGGUUCCUCUUGCAGAAGGAUAUGUUCUCCAAGCAAGAAGGGAGGCCACACAAUCUCUCACUCAACCAGAGAGUUGCAUGGUGCUGUAUCCUCAGGCCCUAUCAACAUCCUGACCCCAGGAGUGAGUCAGUCUCCACAUGAGACCACUGGAUCUCUCUGGAAGUUGUCCCGGGUGGUGUUAAUUGCUGUUGGUGUUGCUGUAGUGAGCAGUCUCUUGCUUCUGGCUGUGGCUUAUGCUAUAAAAUCCAGGUGCUACUGAACACAUGAAUAAAGAACAAACUAAAUCUGCAAA